AGCAGAAGCCACUACUACAGCAGAAGCAUCUACUACAGCAGAAGCAUCUACUACAGCAGAAGCUACAACGUCAGCAGAAGCUACAACAUCAGCAGAAGCUACAACAUCAGCAGAGGCAUCCACUACAGCAGCAGCUACUACAUUAGAAGGCCUAACUACUACAGCCGAAGCAACUACGACCACAGCAGAAAUGUCGACUACCGCAGAAGCAACCACGACAGCAGAGCCUACGACGACAAUGGCCGAAAGCAGCACAGCUGAAGCUACCAACACGUCAAGUGAAGAGAACUAUUCGAGUACUAUCGUGACUACGACGGCAGAGCCAACAAGAACAACACCCGAGAUAGGGAGUACAACAAUCAGCGACACGACUUCAGUAAUUCCGACACCCGACGUUACUUCCACCAUGUCCGACGCGACAACCACGGUUGAAGGAAUAACCACAUCAAAUUCAGCAUCACCUACAAUUACUAACCCAGAGACAACAAUUACAACAACGGCAGAACAGACAACGAUCCAAAACCCAUCUACCACUUUAGUUGCCUCUUCUUCACUUUCUUCUUCUGAAACAAUGUCAACUGCACAACCAGUAACAACCACUCCUAUUGCCGAUACCACAUCAGCACCAGUAAGUACAAGUUCGGAUGCCCCUACUACUGUUGAUACCACAACAGCCCCUUCCACUACUGAGCCCCCUACCUCUUCUUCUGUUGCUGUAACAACCGCAGAUUCUUCUAUCGCUGUUACAACAACAAACUCUGUUGUUGCGGCUACAACAACACAGGAUAGCAGUUCUGUUGAGGCCACAACAACAGAGGCUUUAUCUUCUACUACAGCUGCUGCUGCUACUACUACUACAGCAGCAGAUACCACAAGUGACCCUAUCAUCUCAUCCACUACUUUACAACAGACUUCUUCUGAGCCAGUUACAACAGUAAAUUCAAUCACAUCAUCUGAAACCCCACUACCAAUUACCACAACAAACGAACCAUCUGUAACAACAACCAUACCAGCCUCUUCCGACCCUAUUGUAACGACUACGCCUGUAUCUACCACAGCCGAACAAACAUCUGUGGCUACUACACCUGAACAAACUACCACACCUGAACAGACUACCACACCUGUACAAACUACCACACCUGAACAAACCACGCCUGUAUCUACUACGCCUGUACCUGCAACAACACCUGAACCUACGGUUGCACCCACCCCCACCACUACUUCUACUAUUGAUGCUGCUCCUACAACAACCGAAGCGCCUUCUAGAACAAUACCAGAGCAACCAUCAAGCACAGUGAAUAAACCUGACCCACUACCUACGACACCAACAUUAUCAUCUUCUGCCAAAUAUCGUACGACGAGUAUCACUGUGACUACAGAUAUUACUACUACCAGCAUUACAGUGUCGAAUGGUGUAACCAUCACGAUUACCACAGUGAUCCCCACUACUACGGUGAUACCAACGCUUGCUUUGGAUCAAGAUGGAAGCACGGGUCAAGAACAUAAUAGUGGGUCAGCGACAGGCAGUAUUGUGGGAGGUGUUGUUGGAGGAGCAGCUGGAUUAGCGCUUAUUGUGGCUGGUAUUGUAUUAUUCAAACGACGUGGACGAAAGCAAACGAUUGCAAGAGAACAACAACAAAGUCAAAUGUACGACGAUGAAUUUUAUGCAGAUCCGUAUCGACAAAAUGAAUGGAGCAAUGGCGAAUUCAAUAUAUCCGGUGGUGGCUUUCCUGGUACGGGGGAACAAGCACAAAGGAUGAACCCUCAAAAUACUUCCAAUAGCAUAGAUGAAGAAGACUUUUAUAGAUCCAAACAGAAUCAAAGAAGAUCGUGGUGGUCUUCUGUUUCUACCAUCUUCAAACGAUAAUAUCAUGUGACCCUUACCUUAUAAAUGUUUAUUUUAAUUUUUUUUUUUUUUAUUAUUAUUAUUAUGGAACACGACUUUUUUUUUUUUUUUCUAACGCACAUAUAUUUUGGCUC